CCUGUGAAGUCAGUUGCUGAGUGCAGGAGCAAAGGCACUGGGAGACAACUAUGCAGGAGCUAGCUGUGACCUGUAGUUCCACAAACUGAAGCAAAGGUGGGGACAGCCGAUGUGAAAGACUGAGUUUGACAGGCCUAAUUCCAAGACGUUAUCCGCAAAUGACACUACGGCGUCACGCUGCUUAUAUUUGGAGUGGACACAGCACAACACAGCAGCAGCCACUGACUGGAGUGUAUGGGUGUAUACAGUACAGUGGAGACAGCACAGCCCAGCAGCCAGCACAGCAGCAUGGCAGUGAGAAAUGGCUCCGAGCCACCGCUGUCGGGUCCUUAUAUAGAAUCCAAAACCCACGAGAAUCCGACACCUGGAUAUCACCUUUUGCUUUGUUUCGGAAUCCGAGCAAGAUGAUAAACCACCGUGCUGACGCUCAAAUUUCUUCGGAUCAGCAAAGUUCAGCUCAGUAACAUUGCGGGAUGCUGAACACAUCGGGGAACUACACCGGCUGUCAGCCGCAAACAAUUAACCCCUUCAUUCCCAUCUUCCUGAGCUUCAUCUUCUUUGUUGGCUUCGUGUUUAAUUGCAUCAGUCUAUGGAUUUUCUGGUUUCGGGUAAAACAAUGGAACUCAACUGUGGUCCUCCAGUUCAACUUGGCCAUCUCCGAUGCCAUCAUUACUCCAGCAGCUCCGCUGAUCAUCAUCUACUCCUUGACUGACUACUGGACCUUCGGGACAUUCUUCUGUCAGUUUAAGGUGUUCCUGCUCAGCACUCACAUGUAUGGAAGCAUCUACUUCCUCACAUUAAUCAGCAUCCACCGAUAUUUUACUGUUGCUCGCAACGUUAAAAGAUCUUCCUGGACCAAGAAGCCUUUCAUCACCAAACUGUGUCUCGGUGUCUGGGGAUGUCUCCUUGUACAAGGUUUUCCCUUUUUCUUUGUUCUGCAAACAUCUGAAGUUCAUGGAGUUACAAAGUGUCUCAGUUUUCAUCAAACUGAACAGGCGGUGUUAUUUUUUGUCUGGAACUGGGUCAUCCUAUUCACCGGUGCCCUCAUUCCUUUCUCCAUAACCCUGCUCUGCUACAGUCUCCUGAGUCGCUAUAUCCUCAAGGUGAAUCCUAUGAACACUCUCAGCAAAGUCAUGGUGUCCAAAUCUGUACAGACCAUAUUUGUCUCCUUAAUCAUAUUUAUAAUCUGCUAUAUCCCUGUGCAUAUAACCAGGACAGCGGGCGUCACAAUCACCUUAUUUUUCCCAGCCUUGUGCUCUUUACUGGAAAGAGUUGAGGUUGCCUAUUAUAUCACAUGGAUGAUGUCUGGAACAAACUGCUGUUUGGAUCCCAUAUUAUACUGUUUUGCCUCAGACAGAUUUAGGCACACAUUCACCGGCUGGUGCAGCUUUCUGUACAGCCGUGGUAGCAGUUGGAGAAACACAAAGGACGAUGCUUAUGGUGACCAACUUGAGUCAGCUUCUGAAGAUAAACACCGUGGACCAAUACCGACUGCCAGCACGACAGAGACGGGGAUAUCGGCCUCAGUUGAGUGGGAAAAGUGAUUUCUAACUGAAAUAAGUUACAUCUUAGGAAGUGAACAGCAUUUCCUUAUAUGUAUCAGUCAAUACUUUCUGCUCAACCAGGAUAAUAAGACCUAAUAGUCCACUGGAAGUGGUCAGGCAUGUAUUUGCACAAUUGGCAGCUAAUUAUAGACUACUUUGUAAAUACUUUGUUCUAUACGCUACAAAAUUCUGCAGCAUCGUAGUAGGGAGAAAAAUGUACCUGUGCCAGCACAGUCCCUGAACAUGUGACAUUAUGAAGUCAUGCCAAGUGGGCGGGGUUACCAGGACCAGGAAGAAGAGCAGGGCAUGCAGCAUGGGGCGUAUGAUAAAUGGUGUUCCAGCCAAUCAGCUCCCAACUGUCAUUUUUCACACACGUGACAGGAGCUGAACUUGACAGUUAGGAGCUGACUGGCUGGAGCACUAUUUCAUACCUCCCAACUUUCCUAUUUUCUUAAGAGGGACACACCCCACGAAAAGGGGGUGUGGCCUAUGAAAAUGGGCAUGGCUUUGCUGGAGGACCCGCGAUGGUGAUCCACGCCCCUGUUUCCAUGCCCCCUCUCCUCCUGUUUCCAGUGAACAGACGCUGUGCGCAUGUGCACAGCGUCUGUUCACCGCUGCUUUGCUAUGCAGGGCAGCAAUAACAGGAGCCUUCCAACUGCCCCCCCCCUUCCCCCCGACCACGGGACACAGCGGGCCGCGGGUGGGACAGCAGGACAGUCCCCAAAAAACGAGACAGUUGGGAGGGGUAUGCUAUUUAUCAUACGUAACGAGUUUUAUCAUUCAAAACAAGUUUUAGCACUCACUGAUAAAUUAGCCCCCCAGUGAAAAAAGAGAUUUGCUAGAAAAUGAUUAUGGGAUCUUACUGUCGAGGGCGAUGCGAGAUUGCUCUGCAGAUAGGAACAGGAAAAAGAGACUGUACAUAUUUCCCCGCUGAGGCAGCUUCACUUCCCUGACCUGGAAUAUUUCUGAGAAGAGACAGGACAUAUUCCCCCGCUGAGGCAGCUUCACUUCCCUGACCUGGAACAUUUCUGAGAAGAGACAGGACAUAUUUCCCCGCUGAGGCAGCUUCACUUCCCUGACCUGGAACAUUUCUGAGAAGAGACAGGACAUAUUUCCCCGCUGAGGCAGCUUCACUUCCCUGACCUGGAACAUUUCUGAGAAGAGACAGGACAUUUUUAUAUGAAGCAAUAUGAUCAUUUUAUCCUAAGCUUUACAAUCGCACACUUUUGUAAUUACCACUGUAUUGUACUAUUAUUUGUAACAUAUUGUGUAUAAAAUUCUGUAUAUUUGGGAAUAAUAAAAACCUAUUUUAAUAACA